UCUCCAACAAGAUGGCUUUUCCUUUCAGUGCCAAAAACAGAGAAGAAGAAGAAGAAGAAGAAGAAGAAGAAGAAGAAGAAGAGAAAACCUACCAAAAAUAUGGCCAACUCAUCCUCACCCUUCCUCAAUACACUAUUAAACAUGCGUUGUCAUCAUCAUCAUCAUUAUCGUCAUCAGCCAUGCAAGUUCUUCAGCACCGUCAGUACCGUCAGCACCAGGGAUUCUGGUUUGAGCCGGAUUGGAUGCUCCCGGGAGUCAUGGCAGCACAAGAUCACUUCACUCCUCGUGCAAGUGACAUCCUCGUAUGUACACCCGUCAAAGUUGGCACAACUUGGCUCAAGGCUCUAGCCUUCGCCACCUUGAACCGUAACGACCAGACAGGUAAACAGAGUUUGCUUCUAUCUCACAACCCCCAUCACUGCGUCCUGAACUUGGAGUUCAAUCUUUAUGGUAGAAAUAGGUUGACAGAUCUCACUGUGGGCACAUCUCCAAGACUUCUAAGCACUCACAUUCCUUGCCAGUUGUUCCCUACUUCAUGGCUUAGUUCUGGGUGUAAGUUUGUUUAUCUCUGUAGGAACCCUAAAGACACCUUUAUUUCUUACUGGAACUUUGUCAAUAAAAUUAUGAAAGACGUGAAUUAUAAGGUGCCUCUUGGUGAUGCGUUCGAUGCAUUUCUGAAAGGGAUUCACUUGGCUGGGCCACUUUGGGAUCAUGUUUUGGGGUUCUGGAAUGCCAGCCUAGUGAAUCCAGAUAAGGUUUGGUUCAUGAAGUAUGAGGAAUUGAAGAGUGAUACUGCUGUUAAUUUGAAGAAGCUGGCUGAGUUCAUGGGUUGUCCAUUCACCGAGGAAGAGGAGAGAGAUGGCGUCUUAGAGAAGAUAUUGGACAUGUGUAGCUUUGAGGGUUUGAGAAAUUUGGAGGUGAAUAAGAAUGGAACUGCAACUACUGACAUAUCACUCAAGUUUGGAAACGAUGCUUAUUUUAGAAAAGGAGAGGUUGGUGAUUGGGUUAACUUUUUGACUCCAGAGAUGGCUGAAAGACUCGACCAAGCAAUGGAACAAAAUCUCAAGGGCUCUGGUUUAUCCUUCGAACCAUGAAACAUGCAUGCUUGUGCAUGUUCUGUUUGUCAAUGCACUAUUGUGCCCAUCUAUCAUCUAUAUAUGCUGCCACCUGUGAUGUUUCUCAA